AUGAGAUUUCACUUCGAUCCAAACAAUGCUAAUAGAAUUAAGUAGUAACAACAAGAUAAACAGCAGAAGUAGCCAAAAAUAGAAUUACCAGACUCUUAAAAUAUGGCCCAAACAAUUUCGGUGGAAUUGCCAAAUGAAAAUUCAAAUAUGGUAAUCUCAAAUUAAAUUCAGGAAGUACAUUCAGGCAAUGAUUAAUAGAGAUUACCAUCAGAAUUGAAUAAAAACUUCUAUGAACCCAAGGAAACAUGGGAGAAAUUACCCGAUUAUCCCUUGGUUUACUAAGAUCUGAAGGUUCCUGAAUGCAAUCAAAAUGAAAUAUAUCUCGCCUUAUACGAAUAAUGUUUUAAUGAGGAAAUUGCAAAAUUCAAAGAACAUUAUUCAUCAUAUAAGGAACUAAUUUUUUACUGCGAAAAAAUGCAAACGAUGAUGAACUAGUUUCUUACAAAGGAGAGACUAAUGAAGGAGAAAUAUUGCCAGCCCACUCAAAAGGACUUGCCCUAUCUUAUCAAGAAAUUAGAGUAUCAAUAGCAGAUUAAAGAGUAUGAAAAGUCAAUUGAGAAAUUCAUCAAAGCACAGUCAAAAAUCAAACUCAUUUUACAGAAUGACAUCUAACAACAUGUCAGUAUACAAAUGAUUAAUCAUAUCUCUUAUGAUUAAUCUUCGAAUCAUGAGAUAUUUCAUCAAAGAAUAAAUGAGUUCUUGGAAAAAAAUUAAAAUUUAAAAGAACAACUACUGGAGAGAACCACCUAACACGUAUAAAUUUCAAUUAAUCUAAUUAGUUCGUGA